AUUGAACUUUGUGCUGUACGUUGUGGCUGACACAGAUAUAGCUGCAUCUGUCAGUGCUCUCUCUGUCUCCUGUCGGCUGAAGAGCCAUCAUGGUCUCCUUCCCAAUGUCAGUGCUCCUGUGUGUUGCUGUGCUCUGCACUGUGGCUUUGGUGUCUGGACAGGCUGGUCCGGGAGGUUUCUGCCAGUGCACCUGCCCUGAUGGCUGGGCCAGCUUCCAAGACCGCUGCUUCAAGUACAUCGCUACCAAGAAGACCUGGACUGAUGCUGAGGCACACUGUGUGAGUCUGGGUGCAAACCUGGCCUCCUUGCACAGCACUGAAGAACACCAGUUCCUCAAGAAACUCAUCCAUAGCCAUGACCUGGAUCAGAACCCAACCUGGAUUGGCCUCUCGGACUGCCAGGAGCUUAAAUCAUGGUUUUGGUCGGACGGGUCCAAAGUUGACUUCUUUCAGUGGAAUUCACAUGAGCCGAACUUCUCAAAUAACGGAGAAUGCUGUGUCCACACCAACUGGUCCACGGAGAGAAAUUGGAAUGACAUCCCUUGCAGCCAAAGUUAUUCUUUUGUCUGCUCCUUGAGGAUGGACAGAAAGUACUGAAUUGGUGCAAGUCACCUCACUUUGUUGAAUACAUUCAAUGGGCCCUGUAGUUUGCUUUGACUCUUCUUUUGCAAAUUAGUUGUGCUAUUUAAAUAAAGCUUUAAAGCAUGCAUUGUUCAAA